AUGCAGUCAUUCAAGGCGGUUUUUUUCAAGCCGGAUCCGCAAGAACAGAAACGAAGAUGCGACCAGAUCAUCCGCAAGAAUGUUCGGGCCCUAGAUCGCGACAUCACGAACCUCAAAGUCACCGAACAAAAGACUAGAAGUCUGAUUUUACAGGCGUCCAGAAGGGCACAGAAGAAUCCAUCACAGGCGGCACAGGGCGCGGCAGACGCACGCAUCUUCGCUCGAGAGUUGAUUAAGGUGCGGAAACAGGCGGCAAGAUUACACACAAGUAGAGCACAGUUGGAAAGCGUGAAGAUGCAAGUUCAUGAAGCCUUUUCAGUACGGAAGAUCGAGGGCAGCUUGAAAGCCAGCACCAGUAUCAUGAAGGACGUCAACACUUUAGUCCGGCUGCCUGAGUUGACUGGAACCAUGCAAGAAUUGAGCCAGGAACUUAUGAAGGCUGGUAUAAUUGAGGAGAUGGUUGGCGAUUCGCUACCAAAUGAUGAACUACUGGAAGGGGAAGACGAGGAAGCAGAGACAGAAGUCGACAAGGUCCUCGGAGAGGUACUGAAGGGAAAACUAGGAGCCGUGGAACAGCCGGUUCCUCAACUUCCAGUGGACACCGCGGCCGAAGAGGAAGAAGACCGCGAGGCCGAGCUAGAACAGAUGCGAGGCCGCUUGGAGGCCUUGAAGAGUUGA